CAGCGUCGGCCGAAACGUCAUAUGCCUUUCUUUUGGAUUGUUCUUCCACAUUGAACGAUCUGCCGCGUGUUGUGCUCCGAUAAAAUAAGCAAACAUGGCCGUACGACCAGCGUAUAAACCGAAGAUUGUCAAGAAGCGGACGAAGAAGUUCAUCCGCCACCAAUCGGAUCGCUAUGUGAAACUUGCGCCUAACUGGCGUCGGCCGAAAGGUAUUGACAAUCGGGUACGUCGUCGCUUCAAGGGACAGUACCUGAUGCCCAACAUUGGUUACGGUUCGAAGAAGAGCACCCGCCAUAUGCUGCCGACCGGAUUCAAGAAGUUCCUGGUCCACAACGUCCGCGAGCUGGAGGUGCUGAUGAUGCAGAACCGGGUGUACUGUGCCGAGAUUGCGCACGCCGUGUCGUCCAAGAAGCGCAAGGCAAUCGUCGAACGCGCUAAGCAGCUUGCUAUUGCUGUGACGAACCCGAACGCCAGACUGCGUGCCCAGGAGAUGGAGUAAGGCGCCGUACCGUACCGAUGGUGACGAUCACCUACUCCUGUACACUUGCUUUUGUCUAUCGGUCGCUGCGUUUUGGUUUGGCGGAUCUUAUUAUUCUUUCUUCGGAGGAAAGGAUCUGUUUUGAGAAGUAAUAAUAAGAGAUAUUACACUUAAAACAACAAA